AUGGCCGCGCCAAUGGACGCUCCUUAUUUCAGAGAAAAUGGUCUUACUGAUACGACUAGCUUGACUAUGGCUUCAUCAACAGCACCGAAAAAACCCGAUGUUGAUGAUGUGCCUGACUACAAUGAAGCUUUUCCGCAAUUAAGAUCCGCCGGAAAAGUUGACGCUAAUCGUUCAAAUACAUUCUUCUCUUCACCGUUUCCAUCAGCAUCAAAUGGAAAUAGUUCAGCAGGUGCCAUGGCUAAUACUACAACAUCAGCGUAUUCAGCGGCGAAAAAUGAAGAAGAGCGCCGACGUACUAUGGCUAUUCAUGCAUCAUCAGCUACAACUAAAAUUAUUGAAAUUCCUCCAGAUGAGCGCGCUUCGGAUAAAAUGGAUAAUUCUCGUCGUGGUGGUAAUCAAUCAUCACGCAAUACUGGUGCUACAACCAAUAAUGGACAACCAUUACAAAAACUUUGUAUGCGCAUUCAAAAGGAAACAAAUACAAAUAUCACAUUUUUCUAUAAAAAUGAAACCUUAAUUGUGCAAAUCACCGGUCGACCCGAACAAGUUCGUGCAGCACAAGUCCAACUUCUUCGUGAAGUACAAAGACCUGUGAAGUUAUCGGUAAACGUUCCAUUGGACUUUCAUCGAUUCAUCAUUGGUCCACGUGGUGCAACGCUGAAACUUUUAGAACAAGAAACAUUGACACGUAUUACUGUACCACCCCAAGACAGUCAAUCACAUGCCAUAGUUGUUCAAGGUGCCAAAGACAAUGUUAAGCUAUGCGAACAACGAAUUCUCGAAUUAUAUCAUACGCAAUUGAAUAAAGGUUUUGAACGUUUAUCGAUUCCUUAUUUAUAUCAUCCAUGGAUUCGUUACCAAUUGGUGGAUGAUUUGCAACAACAAUGGAAGGUAAUCAUUGAUUUACCACCACCAAUUAAACAGACUGAUGAAAUAUCAAUCCGUGGCGAACGAGAACCCGUUGAACAAGCAAAGGCACGAAUUUUGCAAUUCUACAAGAGUUUGGAAGGAAAAAUCAUGACUUUUCCAUUGGAAAUUCCUUGUGAACAACAUCGAUUCAUUUUGGGCAAGAAAGGCGCUGGUUUGAAAGAAAUCUUCGACAAAACCAAUGUUAUCGUUCGUAUUCCGAAUCAAGAAGACAAUUCGCCAACUAUUCAAGUCAUGGGUGAAACAGCUAAGAUUGGUGAAGCCAUUACAAUGAUCUAUAAAAUGGCAAAUGCUCUAACAGCUGCUCAAAUCAUUGCGCCACGUUGGAUGCACGGUGCUGUCAAAGGUGAACGCAAUAGUCAUCUCGAAAACUUUCGCAAAGCUCAUCCAGAUGUGAAAAUCUUCUUUCGCGAUGAUCACAUUUCUUUGGAAGGACCACCCGAAGAAGUGGAACGUGUCCGAAGUCAAAUUCAAGCGGCAAUCGACGAAUUGAAGAGCAAGAAUACGACAUAUUUAGAAGUGGAAAUCGAUCCUCAAUACUAUAAACAAUUAAUUGGCAAAAAUCAAGCGCGAUUACUUGAAAUGCAAGAACAAACUGGAUGCGAUGUCAAAUUUCCUUUCGACGAAGGACGCAUGGUCAAAUUAAUGGGCACAAAAGAAAGUGUUGAAAAAGCACGACAAUUACUACUUGAAAAGGCGAAGAAAUUGUCUAAUGAACUUACAACAAACUUGAGUAUCGAUCCUCAAUACUAUCCGCAAAUCAUUGGUGCUAAAGGAAAAAAUUUAGAAGAGGUUCGCUCGAAAUUUCAUAGUAUUCAAAUCACAUUUCCUGAAGCCAACGGCAAAAGUGAUAAAGUCACAUUACACGGUGAUAAAGAUGAUGUGGAAAAAUGCACAAAAUUUCUUCAACAAAAGAUUAAAGAUCUCUAUUCGGUUGAAAUCGACGUACCCAAACGUUUAUACCCAAUGUUAAUUGGCAAAGGUGGCGCUAACAUUCAGCGUUUACGUGACCAAAUACCGGACGUUCGCAUCGAUGUUCCAUCACUUGAUGAUACCAAAGAAUUGACAGUAAUUCGUUUGAAUGGCAAAAAAGCCGAUGUUGAUAAAGCACGAAAAGUUUUCGAAGAACAUAUCAACCAAUUGAACACCUCGAUGGAGAACUCCAUUGAACAACAUAUGACAAUUGAUCCCAAAUGGCAUAAUAAGUUCUUUCAAAAUCGACGUAAACUACUAACUGAUUUACAGCAACAAUAUGGUGAUAUGCUGAUUAAAUUACCUGAACGUAAUGCUAAUUCCGAUCAAGUCUUAUUGCGUGGUCCGAAGGAAACCGUUGAACAAGUACGAAAACGUUUAGAAGAAUUAAUCGACACAUGGGAGAAUACAGUUACGAAAGAAAUGACAAUUCCUCAUCGUCAUCAUGGUUAUUUACUUGCUCAAGGUGGUGCGUACAUACAACCUAUACAAAAACAACAUAACGUUCAAAUCAAAUUUCCACCACGUAAUGGAAACACGCAAAAAGAUGAUCAAGAAAGUGCAGCAACAACCACAACAACAGUAGCCGAGGAUGAUACUCAAAAAGAUAUUGUUCGCAUUUCAGGUCGUGCUGAUGAUAUUGAGAAAGCGAUGGUUGAUUUAGAAAAAAUGAUUCCAGUUGAAAGUACUGUAGAUAUUCCAUCUGAUACUCAUGGCUCAUUAGUUGGCAAAGGUGGAAGUAACCUUCAAUUAUUGAUUAAGAAAUAUCCUGACGUUCAAAUCACAUUUCCACCAAUGAACUCAGCACAAAAUACAAUUAGUUUGAAAGGUCAACGUGAACAAGUUGAAGGUGCCCGACAGGAACUACUCGAAUCUUAUGAAAAACUUCAAGCUGACCGACAGGCACGUUCAUUCGAGAUUCGAUUUACAAUCAAACCGGAAUAUCGUUCUCUGAUAUUCGGUGUUCGUGGUAAAACAAUCAACAGCCUACGACAAAAAUACGAUGUCAAAAUCGAUGUAUCAAGUAAUCAACCACCAGCAUCAGCUGUUGUUCCCACACCAUCGACAACAACUGAUCAUGAUAAUGCAAACAACGCAGAUGACCAGCAUGACGAUCAACAAGCAACACCACAAGAAAAUCUUUCGCUACCAAGUGAAACAAACAAUUCAAAUCCUCUAGCCGACAUUGAGGUUGUCAUCACCGGCUACGAAGACAAGGCACUUGCAUGUCGCGAUGAAAUCUUACAAUUAAUUAAAGAUUUUGAAUCGAAAAUAACCAUGGAAAUUGACAUCGAUCCACGCAUUCACGCCCGUAUCAUCGGUGCAGGUGGACAGAAACUACAACAAAUCAUGAAGGAUUAUAGUGUUGAAAUUAGAUUUCAAGCUAAUAAUAAAACUGAUAAAGUACAUGUUACUGGUUUGGAUCAAGAUAAGAUCGAUGCUUGUAUUGAUCACUUGUUGAUGUUAGAAGAAGAUUACAUUCAAGAUCUUCCACAUCGUGCAACAGGUACGCAAAAUCAAAGUGAUUUCACAUUAGGUCAAACGUUAGCGAAUACUCAAGAAGUUCCAUCGGCCAGCAAUUCGAAACCAGCACGCAAUGAGAAGAAACAACGACAAGCGCCAUUUCAAGUGAAAAAUGCACCAUGGACAAACGGUGAUCACCACGAGAAUGAACACCAACAGAAAAAUGCUUCACGACAACGUAAUGGACAUGAUGCUUCGCCGAAAAAAUCCGCACCAAAUCGAGACGAUCUCGGAGAAUAUCCAUCGUUCAGCAAUGGACUCUCAUUAGCAGCUGAUGAUAACUCAUCACAAGUGCAUUCAUCAACAGUGAAUACCAUACCAGUUAUCUGGGGUCCUCAAAAACGAAAUAAAUAA